AUGGGCGUCAAUUCGAAGCCGGUAAUUGAAACCACAAGCCGUGAAUCCCAUAUCCCUUCUUCGGAAAAGAGUGACGACGACUCACAAUCCGAUGUCUUGCGGGCAGCCGGUAUAGGGAUCCAGGAAGAUGAUCCUACAGAACCAGUGCUCACGCUGCGAAUGUGGGUUUUGGGAAUCGCAUUCUGUCUGAUCGCCAGCGGUUUGAACACGUUGUACACUCUCCGGGUCCCUUCGAUCACGAUCUCCUCGUCGGUGGUGCUGCUGCUGGCUUACCCGUUCGGAAGACUAUGGGAGAAGCUCAUCCCGAACUGGGAUGUUCCGCUAGGGCGAUGGAGGUUCAAUUUGAAUCCAGGGAGGUUUAACCAAAAGGAACACAUCCUGAUCUACAUCAUGUCCAACCUGAGCAUCUACGUUCGGCUCGGCGCUGAUGUCUUGACCGAACAGGAGAUGUUCUAUGGACUGAAGACCGGAUGGGGAUUCAAGAUCCUGAUCACAUUGGGAACAUUCCUCACGGGGUUUUGUCUUUCUGGCUUGUUUCGCUCGGUGGUUGUGCAGCCUCGUGAGCUCAUCUGGCCAGGAGUGUUGGGUACAACCUCUCUGGCAGCUACCCUGCAUCACAUAGGCAAGCAGCAGCAAUUCGCCACCACGUGGAAGAUCUCUCGCUAUGCCUUCUUCACCGUCGCCUUUUGCAUCUCCUUCUGCUGGUAUUGGUUUCCGGAUUUUAUAUUCCCAGCCCUGAGUUAUUUUACCUUCCCCUGCUGGAUAAAUCCAAAAAGCAAGGUCGUGAACCAGCUGUUUGGAAUGAAGACAGGCAUGGGCCUGUUGCCCUUGACUCUAGAUUGGAGCCAAAUCUCCUACGUCGGCUCGCCUCUUCUUAUUCCCUCCUGGGCCAUCCUGAAUGUCUUCGUUUCCUUAGCGUUUUGGAUUUGGGUCGUAGCGGUGGCUUGCUACUAUACUAAUAUCUGGAAUUCGGGGCAUUUGCCCUUCCAGAGCUCGUCCGUUUACGAUAAUACCGGGGCGACCUAUAAAGUAGCCAAGAUUGUCAGUGCCGCCACGGGAUAUAAACUGGAUCUGGAGAGGUAUAAGGCGUACUCUCCGGUCUACAUGCCCAUCGUCUAUGCGUUGAAUAUGUUCGGUUUAUCCUUUGCAACUUUGAGCUCCCUUCUUGUCUGGAUUCUGCUCGAGAAGCGCCCCGCCCUCGCCACUGCAGCGCGCAGCAUUCCCAAUCUGAUCGCCCAUUCAUGGAAAGGAAAGGCCACGGGAAAUAAGCAGAACAGGGCAGAUGUCCCCAGUUGGUGGUAUCUAAUCACAUGCAUUCUUGCACUGUUCAUGACCAUCUUCGCCGUUGAAUACUGGGAAACUGAGAUCCGAUGGUACGGCGUUCUACUAGCUUGGGCCGUGGCUUUAAUCUUCUUCGGUCCGCUGGCCUUGGUCUACGGCUCCUCAAACCUGAAGAUCAACAUCGAUAUCUUCUGUCGCAUCGUGGCCGGGUUCGUCUUCGAGGGCAAAGUUCUCGCCAACAUCUGGUUCUUCGACAUCGGGUACACCUCCACCAUCAAGGGACUCUACUUCGCAGAAGACAUGAAACUCUGUCAGUAUAGCCACAUCCCCCCUCGCAGCCUCUUCCUCGUUCAAUGCGUCGGCAUGAUAGCCGGCACCCUCAGCUCGAUGGGAGUCCUAACCUGGGCACUGAACCACAUCCACGGUGUAUGCACCGCGGACGCCGUGAACGGAUUUUCAUGUCCGUACUCACGCACACACUUCAACACCAGUUUGAUCUGGGGCGCCGUGGGACCUCAACGCUACUUCACCAGCCAGGUAGGCUAUGGCUCUCUCCUAUUCUUCUUCAUCAUCGGUGCUGUCCUGCCCGUCCCUAUUUACCUCCUGCAGCGUCGCUACCCGCGUUCCCUAUGGCGACGUGUUCACGUCCCGCUCUUUCUGGGCGGAUUGAACUACCUUCCUCCGGCAACGGGCACCAACUACGGUAGCUGGGCCGUCGUGGGUCUCACAUUUGGGUAUUUCCUGCGCAGACACGUCCAUGAAUACGUGCGACUGGGAGGGAUAUUGACUGCCGAGCUUGCAGUUGACUGUGUCAAAUAG